AAAGUGUUUUGUUAAUUUAAAGAAUUAGUGGAAGCCUGCUUUAAUACCAAUGGAAAUUACAGCCUUCCUAACAGCAGUUAUUGGGUAGAACUUACCUGUCUGAGUAGUCAAAAGCAACAGGUUAGCCCUGUUAUGAAGGCAGGCAUGGAAGACAGUAAGCAAAUCUUCUUUAACAAACCUAUCCUGAAGAGAAAGCUAGUCUUUAAAGCAGUUUUGGGAAAGUUUCGUUAUCAAGUUUCAAGUAGUGUCUAAGGUCCAAUCAAAAAUAGGGUUCUAUUAUGCUAGACACUAUAAAAAAAAUUAGGGUAAUAGAAGAUGCUAACUGCAUAGGACUUGCAUAAGGCUGUGAGAAGAAGGGAUUUGAUGCACAAAUGGAGUGAAGAGUGUCAUGAUGAAUGUCAUAUCUCCAGGUUUUUAGAGGGAGAGAUUAAUAGAAAGGAGGUAGGGAAAAGGGUUGUGCAUUAAGGUAAGGGAGAAAGUAAAAAAGAAGCAGUUGUGGGGUGAGACCAAAGUGGAGACUGUAGCAUAGCAGGAGAGUUGGAGAAAAUGACCAAACAGCAUAGACCAGUGAAAGUAGAGACAAAACAGUAAAAAAUAAAAUUCAGAAUGCUCUAGGUCCAAAGGUCUUUGCUUUAACUGCCUCUGUUCCUGGUCGCUGCAGUUCUUGGCUGCUGCCUCUUGUGUUGGGUGGGAAGAAAAGGCAUCACCUGGGUCAUAGUGCUACUAGAAUAGUGGAGUCCCACAGGCUUUUGGUGGAAGAUACAGUUUGGUCUGUCUCACCUCUUUCUUUGCUUCUUAUAGCAAUGUCUGUUUCUGCAUUUACUGGUUGAAGUCUCUGGCUUCUCUCUGCAGGAGAGCUACAGAAAGGGAGGAAACUUCUGGGCCCAAGUAGAGAGAGAGUCUUUCCCAUGGACAGUUCUGGGAGAACAGGUGGCCCUAACUGAAUCCCCAUUGUGCCCAUCUACACAAGACGUUUACUGAGGAGUAGACGAGGAGCAGACUAAUUAGCUCUGUAGUAAACUUCUCGGCACCUACCCGUUCUGUGCUAUUAGGCGUACAGUGAAUGUUUCUGUUGGUGUAAAUGGGACACUGUUUGCAAAGAUGCCAGUUUGGAAAUACAGGCCAGAGCAACUCACUUUUUGUUUGUCCGAAACCAUGCAAAUCAUAGUAGAGGAGCUACUCUGUACAUACACUUCUGGUCUGCAGAUGGAAAGUGGUGCAUAGGUCCUUCUGGUCCAGCUCAUGUCCCCAUUUGACGACUGUUCAGAUAUGGGAGCCUGCAUAGAAUGCAGUCCUUUGUGGUUUGCCCCAGCCUUCUUUGAUUCAUUCUUGAAAUUGGAUCCUGUCUCCAGCUGAUUAAUGAUGCCAGCCUCCAUUGUCCACUUGAUAACUUCUUAAACCAGCAGAUUUGGGCUUUUUCCAUUUUAGAUCCAGUGGUUGCUCAUGUGAAGAGACAGCAUGACAUUUUGAAGUAUGACAGAAGUCCUGAUGCUGCAACAGAGGCUAGGAAUAUUAAUGGCCAAAUCUAGAGAUCACAUGGUCUUUUAAAGAAGUCAUGGGUAGCUGUUGUAGCUGUCCAGAUAAAGAAACUGUCCCAGAUAACCAUCGAAACAAGUUUAAGGUCAUUAAUGUGGAUGAUGAUGGUAAUGAACUGGGUUCUGGCAUAAUGGAACUUACAGAUACAGAACUAAUUUUAUACACCCGUAAACGUGACUCUGUAAAAUGGCACUACCUCUGUCUCCGUCGCUAUGGCUAUGAUUCAAAUCUCUUCUCUUUUGAAAGUGGUCGACGAUGUCAGACUGGACAAGGAAUCUUUGCUUUUAAGUGUGCUCGUGCAGAAGAUCUAUUUAAUAUGCUGCAAGAAAUCAUGCAGAAUAAUAGUAUAAACGUAGUAGAAGAACCAGUAGUAGAAAGGAAUUAUCAUCAAACUGAGUUGGAAGCUCCAAGAACCCCUCGAACACCUACCACUCCUGGUUUCAAUGCACAAAGUUUACCUAAUGGAUAUCCCAGACAUCCCUCCUUUGGAGAUGCUUCUUCACACCCUUCCAGCAGACAUCCUUCUGUAGGAAGUGCACGGCUCCCCUCAGUAGGUGAAGAAUCAACGCAUCCAUUGCUUGUAGCAGAGGAACAAGUGCACACGUAUGUCAACACUACCGGUGUACAAGAUGAAAGAAAAAACAGAUCAAGUGUGCAUGCCCCACUGGAAUCAAAGCUUUCUAAUACUGAAACAAGCAAGUCAAGAGAAGAUCCAAAUUGUAGCGAUGAAAGAGAUGCUCAGGUUCUUCUGGAGCCUGAAGGAGUCAAAUUUGUUUUAGGACCAACUCCUGUUCAAAGACAGUUAAUGGAGAGAGAAAAACUGGAGCAACUUGGAAGAGACCAAGUUAGUGGUAGCAGUUCAAACAACACUGAAUGGGACACUGGGUACGACAGUGACGAACGCAGAGAAACAUCCUCUGGUAACAAAUUGGUUUACGAAAAUAUAAAUAGGUUAUCAAUCCCUAGUGCCUCAGGGCUCAGGAGAGGUCGUCUGACAUCAACAAGUACCUCAGAUACCCAGAAUAUCAACAACUCUGCUCAAAGGAGAACUGCAUUACUAAACUAUGAAAACUUGCCAUCUUUGCCUCCUGUUUGGGAAGCUCGCAAGCUAAGUAGAGAAGAUGAUGAUAAUUUAGGACCAAAGACUCCAUCUCUGAAUGGCUACCACAAUAAUCUAGAUCCCAUGCAUAACUAUGUAAAUACAGAGAAUGUAACAGUGCCAGCAAGUGCUCAUAAAAUAGAAUUAACACGACGUCGGGACUGUACGCCAACGGUCUUUAACUUUGAUAUUAGACGUCCAAGCUUAGAACACAGGCAGCUCAAUUACAUACAGGUUGACUUGGAAGGUGGUAGUGACUCCGACAACCCUCAGACUCCAAAAACUCCUACCACUCCACUUCCACAAACUCCAACCAGGCGCACAGAGCUGUAUGCUGUGAUAGACAUUGAAAGAACUGCUGCUAUGUCAAGCUUGCAAAAAGCACUGCCACGAGAUGAUGGUACUUCUAGGAAAACUAGACAUAACAGUACUGACCUGCCUAUGUGAGCCUGGGAAGUGUUUAAAUCAUUUGCACCUUUUGUGAAGUUUAUAAAAUUGAAGAUGCAAGUACUUUAUUUGCAUUUCUUAACACUAACGCCUUUUAUAGACUAAUAGAUUUUUUUUUCUGAAUACUCGUGCUUGUUUAACUAAAGGGAAUUAAUGUAGAGCAAGUAUUCAUUAAAUAACACUAUUUCAUUCUACAGUAGUAGCAAUUGCUGCAUAGCAGCACUGCCACCUUUCACAGUGCCUCUUUAACUGAUUAGAGUUGGAGUGACAUGCCAGUUUUGAAUUUAUCACUAUUCUGGCCCUGUGCCUGUAGUCAUUAAAUGGCAUUUAUAACAGUUUAUAAAACCUCUUAAUAUGUGCAUUUAGCAGGUAAGCCUAAUCUUUCAAGGUAAAUAUUUGUAUGUUCAGUCUUCAUUCAUGUGGCCUCCAGUAUGAGACAAGUAAUUCCUUGUUCAGUCAGCUUGAUUUAUGCAGACUAUUUUGUAUCAUCUUAAAGGAUAUGAACACUACACCUUCUUGUGUAUCUGUCAGUUAAUUUUUCUGAAAUCCUGUGGACAAAAAAGCUUCAGAUGUCCAAAGGUGUGUUUUAAAUUCUGUAACAUUUUAGGGGUCUGUGAGGCUCGCUUUGUCAGAGCUGUCAUUGCAUCUGAAACCAGUCUUAGGCUGUUCCACUAGAAAAAGGUAUCCAAGUAACAGAAGCAAGUUUCCUGUAGUCUUAAAAUUUUCAUUUCAUCAGAGGUUUGUGAAGGAGUUCACAGGUUGGUUGAAUAUUAAAGCUCUUUUUGUAGUAUCUCAGUUCUGCUUGCCUUCCCUUCUUAGCAUUUGGGAUGUCUGUUGUGACUUGUCCAUUAAUGUCUUUUAUUUAAGAAAAGUUAAAAUUCUGUAUAUAGCUUUAAUUAUUGUUCAGGGUUGUUUGUGCAUUUGUCUUGGUCUACUCAUUGACAAAGAGAAACUCUUUAAGGUCUACUAGAUACUUACAAAGUUGCCUUUGUCCAGUGUUUUAAUGUUCUGCGUUCGUUUUGUCUGGCAGGAACAUCCUAACUCUCCAGCAGCAUGCAUUAUUGCACAACUGGAAAGGUAUAUUAUUCAUUUAUUGUCUUCCUCUGAAGCAUUGGACAUAGAUCACCACGGGAGGCAGGGUACUAGACUUGGUAAUUUUAUAUAGCAAAUUUUACCUUCUAGCAAUGUGCAUCUAGAGACAGUAGCAUACUUGCUUGGUUUUAGAGAAAAUCACUUACAAUUUAUAGAAAACUCCCUGGAGGUAAUAGUAUCUAUGGGCAAUACUAAUUUUUCCUUUUUGCAGUUGGCUAAUUCAAUUGCAUUAGUGACUUAAUUGCUGCUCUGUUACAGGUAGUAAAAUUACAGCAGCAAAAUUAAAGUAAAAUUUGCCUGGUACACCCUUAACCAACCCCCCUUUUUUUACACUGAAUAUUAAUAUGCUAAUAGGUACAACAAGUGCAGCACAGGACUGGCAGCAGAACACAGUAAACUUAAUAAGCCUGUGAUUGCAAAGGAAACCGAUGUUUGUAUGAACUGGUGUAAUGUAAGAAUAUUCUUGAACUGUGUGAGAGAAAAUUAUGUAUAAGAAAAGGCAUUGGGAUUUGGGAAAGUUCAGGGGUCUUCAUGCAAUAUGAAUCAAGCCUUUGUUUGAAACAUUGUUUGUUGCUAAAUUAUGUGGAAAGCAUUCCUGUUUCCGUUUAAAUUUUCCUUCUGUAAUAAUAGUAGCAACAGUGCCAUCACCUGAAAUGUUUUCUAUUCAAUGCAAUAAGGGAUGAUGUCUGCCUAAUUUAUUUUGCAGGAUGUUCAAUCUUUACAAACUUAACACUGAAAUGCAUCCAGUAUGCAACUGGUACCUUUUGCAGUUGAGAGAAGGGAAUCUUAUUUGCAAUGAUUGUUUAAAAAACCAAACAAAAAUGUUACUGAGAUCAAGAAACUUCUCCUUAGUCUGCACACGUGUGUUGUAGCAAGUUUGUUUAAUAAAUUUGAUGCUCAAAGAGAUGAGGGACUAACUAGAGCUAGACAGUGUGCAGCAACUAUGAGGUAGUAAAGACUUCCUUCACACAACUUGACUAUUGCAUCUCCAUCCUGAUUUGUAGUACCCCAUGUUGCAUACUAAUCCUGGAUUUUUCCUGAAGAAGGAAAAAUCUGUUGUGUACUGGUGAUGUGAACUAGAAACCAUGACCAGACCAACAAAUUUUCUUUCAUUUGUCAGCUAAGCCAGAUUUCAGCAACAUUUUCAACCAUUAACAAGCUGAUAUAUUUAACCUGCUGUUUGCCCUCAUCAUAAAAUUAAUGUCUCCCAACCACGAAUGCAUCUUGGCCUUUUAUCACGUCUGUGAGGUAGGGAAGUACUACUUCCAACAUAUAGAUGAGGAACGAAGGCUCAAGACAGAUGAUGAAUAGCCUGUUGUGGUUGAGCCAGGAAAUGAACCUACAUCUCCUCAGUCCAUAUACAGUAUCUUAUCUACUAGAUGGUCCUUCCUGCUUAAGAUCUACUAUACAUUUUUGGAACAAAUUUUGCCAACACUUGACAUUUUGAGUUUUAUAAUGUUUGGUACAUAUAUUCUUAAAGCUUUAGCUCUUAGAAUUGUGGAUACAUCAGAAUCUUAGCUUUCAUUUCUAGUGGAAAAAUGUUAAACUUUAGGGUUUCAAAGAAAAACUUGAAAAUGUGAGUUCUAAAAUGUUAAUAUCCGAAAUGCAAAGAAACAGAACUCUUUUUAAAAUCUCAUGAUUUUUAAGCCAGUCUCAUGAUUUUUUUUGGUUGUGGGAAGAGGGAGACACGGCAAGAUUGACUCCUUAAAUACUUGGUGUAGGCAACUCUUAAUAUUGCAAAUAAAAAAAAAAUACAUCAGGCUGAAUUUAAGGGAAAAGUUUCUGUAGUACACAGUAUAUUUUAGUAUUAAAAAAUGUUAACCAUGCUGUUCAGGCUCUAGCUGAUCCUCAUUGUUUUCCAGGCAUCACCACAUAUCUACUGUUGUCCAAGAUGGCAAUACUUCUCUUCUUUAUUUAAGCUGGAAAGAAAAUUGGGUAGUCCUUUGGUCAUAUGGCUUUCAUUCUUGGCAUUUUUUUCAUUUCCUCAUCCUCUCUCUGUUGAGCUAGAAGUAGUUGCAGUGCACUUUACCGGUGGAGACUUGGCAGUUAUUUGCAGCUUAAGUCUCCUUAAAGUUGUGAUGUUAAAUCACUGUCUGCAGGUCCUGGGGUUCAUUUUUUAGCCAAAAUUUGUCGACCGCUUUUCAGAGCAUGUUUACUUUGAUCCAUAAGUUUAUAGAGUGAGAAGCAACAAAUGUGUAACAAUUACUUUUUGGACAUUAACUGGCAUAAUAUACAUGAAAUGUAUUGGGGGAGGGGAAGGGAGAGGGAAGCACUGCUAAAAAGUGGCAACAUUUCCUUCAGUUUUGCUGCUUAUGCAUAGUAUGCAACCAAUCCCUGCCCUUUUAAGCCAGUCUGAAAGGGUAAAGCCUUAAAAUCUAAAUUGCUCCAGUGCCAUAAGUAGUGAAAGUUGCAGUGUGUGUCUAUAUAUUAUAGUAAUUUUUGAGUGUCUGCUAUAGUUAUUUGUUAUUUGUAGUGUAUAAAACAAGUGAUGAAGCAUAGGCCAAGACCGCAUAAUUAAGAUUGCACUGAAAAAGCGUUUAGCGGAAAUGGAAUGCAUUACAUGAAGCAAAUGCAUGUAAAUUGAUACCAUACACUGAAGAGGUCCACUUUUUUCUCAAAAAUUCUCAGAGAUUCCUUUUAAUCGUCUUUAAAAAUGAAAUUUCAGUUUUCAAUAGAAAACUGAACAAUAAUUUUCUUCUGUUUCCCCUUCAUUUAAUUGAAGGCAAAAAGGUGGGGAAAACUUGAAAUAUAAAACUUCAAGAUAUCUUAAAUUAGGUAUAUUUUAGGCAUUGGAUUAAGUGUUACACAAUAAUCCCAUUUCCUAAUCUUGUUCUCAUUUAAACCAAGUGGGGGACGACUGCUGGACUUCUAUGAGCUUUAGUAGCGUAGUAUCAGGCCUCAAAAUAUUUAUAUUUACAUUUUGCACCAUAAACUUUUAAAAUUCUGCCAAGACAAUGGGAUAUCAAUGCAUUUCAAUUUUUGAAAAGACAUGCAAUUUAUUGCAAUGAAAAAAACAUGGAAUUCCUUAAGGCAGGGCCACAGCUAUACUAUACAAAGUCCAGGACAAGAUGUUAAAACAGGGUCACUUUGUGGCUAUGGACAAAUGUAUCUUUUAACUGCUUUUGAAGGGGAAGGAGAAGCUGUGUCCCAGAAGUUUGCAUCAGUUAUAAUGAUGUUACUAUCCAUGCUCCUGUAAGUGAUAGUUUCUAAGUGUUUUGCCAGUUUUUAAAAUGUCUACAGAAACAUGCACAUGUAAGUCACAUCAUGACAACUUGUCAUUUGUUUAUCGAUACAGUUGUUACUUCUGACUCUCAUUUUUCUACUUCUAUCCCCUCAUUACAGUAGCGUCUGUAACAUUCUCUGAGUCUCGCGCCCUUCUCUCUUAGGGUUUGUUUCACUU